UUGGACGAAUGCAUGCGCAUAUGCCUUAAAAAAGGUCCAAUUCCUAUGACAUAUGGUGAGCACUCAAGGAGUCCACAUCGACCCCAAGAAGAUCGAAGUAGUAUGCAUGUGGAAGACACCCGAGAACGUGAAGGAAUGGCAGCAAUUCCUAGGUGUCAUCAACUAUUACAACAGGUUCGUGCCACAAUACACAAAAAUUGCCGCACCACUCACGAAUCUGCUAAAAAAAAACACGCCCUACGAAUGGGAAUCAAAACAGCAGGAAGCCGUGGAGCAGUUGAAAUGGGCACUCACGUCCGCACCAAUACUUACUGUAUCUUGCCAGACCCCGAACGCGACUACGCCAUCGAAGCUGACGCCAGUGACCAGGCAGUGGGAGGGGAGUGGACUGAAACCAAUCGCCUACCUUAAGAACUACAUGGGGCAUAACUAAA